UUCCGACGUCUUUUUGCCCCGCAGCCCUCGCCUCAAUUUGAAAGCUCGAGUCAGAUAUAGCUCGAAGCCAAGCCUGUUGUCAAGACUCUCAUGACCUGAAAAGAACUCGGGUUCCGACCAUGAUGCCUUCUGGCUCUCCUUUGACCUUUGACCUGAUGCAGCUUCACGCCGGCUGACUCUGAAGGAUUUUCCAUCACCCUGCAUUGCGACAUCUCUCCCUCCGAGUAAAGGUGUACUGUACCAUCAUCGACGAACUCCAAGGUCUAGAAUCUUUUCAAUGACGAGCGUGGCACUUCUUCCACCCACUCCCGCGUCCUUUUGACACCUCGCUAGCUCAUACCGAUCGCUGACCCGCCCUAUUCCUCAUUUGCUGGAGAACCAGUCAAUCCUACCCCGCGCUACGAGUACAUCCUGUCCUUAUAAGAUGGCUUCGGCCGCGCCGCACGAGCCAACAGAAUCAUCUAUUUUGGCUAGACCUUUAUCGCCUGAAGAUGGAAAAGGGCUGAGAUUUGGCCAAGCGUGGAAGGACGCAGGCAAACCCUCGUCACGACCCCCAUCCGCAGACCAGUCUGAUUGCAGUCGGCGCAAAUCAUUGAUCCAGUUCCAUACCGCGGAUGCAGAAGACCUCAUCAGACGAGAGAGUGUCGCCCAAGGUGCUAGAAUGUCCUCCAGUGCUCUGAGAAGACUGUCAUCGCCACCGCCUCCCUUCAACUACCACCGUGGUGUCUCCUUCGAUACCUUUGACAACCGAGACGCAUCGACGGAAUCGUUUACAUUAAACUACAAGCAUUGCGAGUAUUCUCGUAACUCUCGAGGUCGAACCUUCUUGUGCGGAACCGAUGCGAAAGACUACUCGGAAUAUGCCUUGGAGUGGAUGCUGGACGAGUUGGUUGACGACGGAGACGAGAUCGUUUGCUUGCGAGUGAUCGAGAAAGAUGCGAGACCAAACGAGACAGCAUAUGACCGUGGCAAAUAUCGGUUAGAGGCGCAAAAGUUACUGGACAGUGUCAUCAAGAAGAACAGCUCGGAGGAGAAAGCGAUCAGCAUCAUCAUGGAGCUUGCGGUCGGGAAGGUCCAGGAAAUCUUCCAGCGCAUGAUCCAGUUGUAUGAGCCCGCGGUAUUAAUUGUGGGUACCCGUGGGAGAAAUCUGGGAGGAAUGCAAGGUUUGCUUCCUGGAUCAGUCUCAAAAUACUGUCUCCAACACUCACCCGUACCUGUGAUCGUGGUUCGACCGACUUCGAAAAGGAUGAAAAAGAAAAUGAAACGGCAGAUGGAGAGUGGUCGAAGCCUUUACAGCAGCAUGCUUGAACAGGUCCAAUCAGCUGGUGGCAGUCAUUUGUACGCGCAGGCUAAUAGCACUUCGAUAUCAAUGGAAGCCACCCAGAAGGAAGCUGACGCGGUUGAAAAGGCCAUCGGGCCUCCCAAAAAGGGUAUACUCAAGGGGACGUAUGGGGGACCUCUUGCGCGAGUCACUUCGGCCAGAAGCGAUAUCACUUCAGACGAGGACUCUCCCGAAAGGAGUUUUGCUUUACCGAUUGGGUUCUUGAGCACCGAGAGUGCGCCUCGGGCUGAUCUCGCGAUGAAAAGCCCGAGCAUUGCCGCCCUUGCAGAAGACUGGGACGAUGAUAAACCUCCCAGAUCGCCCAGACAAUCUGCGAAAAAGGACCAUCGAGAUAGUGAUGCUGCUAUUUCUGAUGAAGAGGACAUUCAUCUGCUGGUGCCGAGGAUUGUGGAGGAACGGCGACCGUCCGUCAGAGAGACCACGCCCUGGUUGGCGGAUAUACUUCGAGACAAGCCGCAAAGGAGGUCGCCGAGUCACGGCCGAUCUCCUUCUCGAUAACGUUGGCUUCUGGGUGGCAUGGUUUGGCGACAUUCUAUCAAAGCCAUUCAUGCUGAUCCCUCGAAUGGGGUUUCCUGCAAGGAGGAAGGGACGUCUCAGCAGAGCACUGAUAGUUGGUCAGUCGUGGUCACCUCUAGAUGACAUCUUCGAAGCUGCAACCUGUCUACAAGAGCUUCGAUCACGACGAUUGAGAUGGCCCCUUGACCAGGUGAAGAGGUGUUCGACCGUUGCACAGAGGUGCUGGUUUCGUGAGAUUGUGGUUGGUGAGACGUGAUCCUGGCAUGCGCAGGCUCAAGAUACCAAAGUGGGCCUCGACCGAGGGAGUCCUGGUGUGCGCGCUCUACCGGGUUCAGAUCACACUUCUUCAGCUGUGUGAAAGCCAGCCCAUUCAAAUAGCCUCCAACCUAGAAUUUACCACCUGCUCGGUUACGGUAUCGUUAUCUACUCGUAGUGGGUAGCUGUAGCAGAAGGCCAG